AUGGCUCGCCAAAACUAUGGAGUCUCUUGGCGCAAGCACUCAGCAAUAUUAUUAGUGGGUUGCUCCAGCUACUCGAGCAUGACAAACGUAUAUAUUCUUGGCCUCUCCUACACCAACUCCACACCAUCGGGCUUAGGCCCAGUCGAGAAGAAACUUUCUGAGACGCUGAGUGGUUUCAAAGGUGACGCCCAGCUUGAAGUCCGAACAGGCUACUUCGGGAUGUGUGUGCGCCAGCGUGGGGUCCUCUGGCUCUGUAGUGCCGACACGGAUGGCCUUGCACAGCAGAUCGGGCCCGAGAAUGAUGCCCUGAAUCUCAUAGGCGCAGCAUCGAAGUUCAGAAAUGAUGUCCUGUUCUCCGGGCUGUUUUUAAUGGCCAUCGUCCUCUCCUUCUUUAGCGCCCUGCUGAUGGCUACCUUCCCCGGCUGGCGCAAGGAGCGCGACGAUUCAGGCGGUUCAGGCGGUUCAGGCGUCCAAGUUAAGACUUUUCCGUCUCGGCCCGUCUCGCAGGCCGCCCUGUCAUGCGCCUCCGUCGCCGCAACCCUAUGCCUAGUUGCCAGCCUCUGGCAGCACGUAGGCUCGGUGGGUGCGGCUGCGAUGGCGGAGACCGCAAACUAUGGCAAUUUGAAGACCGAUAUUGGGGUUGGUGCGAUAGCGAUGGCGUGGAUCGGUUUUUCGCUCAUGGUAUUGGUGGCGAGUGCGUUACUGACCAUGAUCCAGCCGAUUCAGCGCCAUAGGCGUUACUGGUCAUGAUCCAGUCGGGUUUUCACCAUCAGCGUUACGGAGGAAGGAUGGUGGAGGCAAGAUGAGAUGUUGAUAC